AUGGCUUCAAAAGUCCGCAUAGGUGAUGGUGAUGGUGACAACAACAGUGCCAGUGCCGAUGUUAAUGGUGAUGAUAACUGUGGCGGUGCCGGUGGUAAUAGUGAAACAACAGUGGAGGUGGCGAUGGUGGCGAUGGUGACGAUAACAGUGCCGGUGCCGGUGGUGAUGGUGACGGCAACAAUGGCGGUACCGGUGACGAUGGUGACGACAAUAAUGGUGGUGCCGGUGGCGAAAAGAUAAUUACAAACACCUAUUGAUCUAGAAAAACUAAACCCUAAGAUACUAUAAAUGGAACCCAAACAAAAAUCAUUAAACGAAAUGAAAUUAUCUCAAGUUUCAAUUUUC